AUGCCUCGAGUUCCCAAACGACCACGCUACAUGCUUGAGAUUCCUGAGGCUGAGGAAGAAGAUUCUUCCUCAUCUUCUUCCACCUGCUCCUCCUCUUUUCCUUCCUCUUUCUCCUCUUCCUCUUCCUCUUGCUAUCCUCUGAUUUCAAGUACCCCAAGCACCCCGGAGGAGGAGGUCCAUGCUGCUGCUGGGACACUGAGUCCUCCCCAGAGCCCUCCAAGUGUCUGCCCCUCCCCCACUGUUGUUGCCUCUGCUGCUCCAUUGAGCCAAUCCAGCAGUCAAGAAGAGGAGAAUCCAAGUACCUUGCAGGCCCUGCCAGACACAGAGUCCUUACCCAGAUAUGUGAUUGAUGCUAAGGUAGCUGAUCUGGUAGGGUUCCUGCUCCUGAAGUAUCGCACAAAGGAGCUGACCACAAAGGCAGAAAUGCUGAGUAGCAUCAUCAAAGAGUACCAGGACCACUUUGCUGUAAUCUUUAGUGAAGCCUCUGAGUGCAUGCAGCUGGUUUAUGGCAUUGAUGUGAAGGAGGUGGACCCCACCAGCCACUCCUAUGUCCUAGUCACCAACCUGGGCCUCACCUAUGAUGGGAUGGUUAGCAAUGAGCACAAUAUGCCCAAGACUGGCCUUCUGAUACUCAUCCUUAGUAUAAUCUUCACGGAGGGUGAUUGUGUCCCUGAAGAGGAGAUAUGGGAAGCACUGAAUGUCAUGGGGGUGCAUGCUGGGAGGGAGCAUUGCAUCUAUGGGGAGCCCAAGGAGCUCAUCACUAAAGUUUGGGUGCAGGAACAGUACCUGGAGUACCGGCAGGUGCCUAACAGCGAUCCUGCCUGCUACGAAUUCCUGUGGGGUCCCAGAGCUCAUGCUGAAACCAGCAAGAUGAAAGUCCUGGAGUUUUUGGCCCAGAUAAAUGGAAGUGACCCCAGAUCCUUUCCAUACUGGUUUGAGGAGGCUUUGAGAGAUGAGGAACAGAGAACUCAGGCCAGAAUUGGCACCAUAGCUAAUACUACUGCCAUGGCCAGUGCAAGUUCUUGUGCCAUAUCCAGUAGCUUCUUCUACCCUGAGUGA